ACCAACAUUGACGAGACCGCCAGCGCCGCCUCAGCUUUCAGCUGUCUGUGCUAUUAAAUGAUGUGUUUCGGGUUUGGUUUUUAUUUCAUGAACUUAGUAUUCUUGGCGGAAUCGGACUUGACCAGCUAACACCCCUUUAGUUCUCUUUCGCGCACAUGAACGGUGCAAACGCAGGGCAUUUGAAGAUCAUUAUCGAAAUGUGAUUUUCUGGCGAGGCGUGAAACAAGUGGGAGUGGACAGCUGCGUGUGUAGAUCCCGCGCAGUUCCGUUAUUUAUCGGCACCUGCAGUGUACCUAGCGGACACAAAUCUUUAUUGAGGUUCAAAAUGCAAGGGCCAGAAGCAUUGCACCUAGAAGAUGCUUUGGAGGAUAACCCACAGACGAGGUCAUUGGUGGGCCUGUUUGAGCAAGAUGCACACCAGUUACACAAAUAUGUGAAAGUGAUGUAUGAGCAUGCUCAGCGAAUCUGGAACGCAGAGAAAGAGCUCGCAGAUGCUACGUAUUCUCUCGCCGAGCACGUCCGGCAGUAUGACUCGCAGCACUUUCCACUCGACACCGAUCCAGACAGCGUCCUCUCUGCAACGUUGAAACAGCUGACAAAUUCUCUAGAAGAAAUAAGCUCGUGGCACCACAUGUGCAGUGCCCAAGUGGGAGAUGGCAUGGUGUAUCCUCUAUCAAAAUUUGUUGAUGCUGACAUGCAAGAACUCUUCCGGCUGCAGGAACAGUAUGUUGCAUCCAUGCACGAAAAAGAGCAAGCUCUGAGCAAGUACUGCAGGCAGUCGCGGAAGCGCGAGAGUGAGCGCCAAAAACUGGACAUCAACGAAGAGGUGUAUGUGGCCAACAAGAAAUUUCAUACACUGUCUAUGAACUACUAUGCGCACCUAAACGCCCUGCAGUAUCGUCGUAAAGUAGCACUACUUGAACCUCUGUUGGGCUACCUGCAUUCCAUGAAGUCCUUUUUUGGUAUUGGUCACGAAACUCUCAGUUCAACUGAACUUGACGAAUUUCUUGCGAACAUCAGCUCAAGUGUGAGGGAGGUACAAAAUGAUCUGGGUGCAGUGGCGAAAGAUGUGUCUGCCAAGAUUGAAGUCAUUGGGCGCCAGAGUGAGCACGAAUAUUAUGCAGAACCAUUACCCGAAAUGCCACACGUGCCUCCCAAUACCGGACUCAGUCAGAAGGCUGGCUUCCUAUUUUACAGAACGAAGAUAGCUGGUAUGGUAAACAAGUGGGACAGAUGUUAUUUCUAUACCUUGGGAUGCCAUCUCAUGCAGAUACCCAAGGGUGAGGUGGUCGGAAGUGCUGUUAUGGACCUGGACAGGACUGUUGUUGCUCAAGUGCUUGACGAAGACAGAAAGAAUGUUUUUCAAGUGUCAAAUGGAAAAAGGGUUAUAGUGAUGCAGGCGUUGAAUGAGCGGGAACGUGAUGAAUGGAUUUCUACAAUACACAAUAUUUCAACUGAAGCAUUUGCUGGAGGUAGAUCACAUUCCAUUCCAAAGGAAGCACCCGCUGUGGCGAAGGUUUGUAAAAAAAUUACUGAAAGGACACCCUCUCUUCCCAAUACUGCUGUGCCAAAAGGAUCUCAUGUUCCUCGUCGUCAAGCGCCCCAACAUCAUGUAGCUAGUCAAGAACUGAAUCCCUACUUGGCAAAUACGCCUAUUCAGUUUGACAUGUUUUCGCCCUCUGAGGAGAAGCUUUCUUCUGGACAAACUAGGGAGAAUCCUGUACGCAUCAAUCCUUUUGACCAGUGUGGUUCCUCUAUCACCGCUGAAUCUGCUAAAGAUACCACAUGCUCCUUCUGGGAGGUGUUCACUGUCAGGUUCCUCGGCUCUAUGCAGGUCCCCAGUGACAGAGGUGAUCAGUUGGUCUGUGAGACAAUGCGGCAUAUUUUGGCAGCAAGAAUGAUGCAUAAUGUCUUCAAAAUGGCCGAGUCUCACAUGGUCAUCACACAAAAGGAACUAAGAAUAAUGGACCCAUCCCACCAGCUUGUGCGAGCAGUAUUUCCACUUUCGGAUGUGUCAUUCUGGACUAUACACAAAGAAAAUACAAGACUUCUAGGUUUCAUCACUGUGAGUGCUUCCGGUGACGGAAUCCCAACGUACACCUGUCACAUAUUUGAGGCUCACGCUUCAGCUGAAGAGAUCUGCAAUGCACUUUCUAUAGCAGCCAACAUUGCACUGAAGGCAUUAAUGGAGCAGCAGUCCCAUACAGAAAAUAAGGAACUGGAAUUGUUGAAGGCACUCAAGUUGUCUGAAAAUGAGAAUGCACUUCUACCACCAUGCCCUGCAAAGCAGGUCUGUGAGGAUGACGUGACUGGCAUUGCCAAAGAUUUAGCAAAGGGGGACGCAUGACAUCUGUACAUAGAAGCUGGUAAAGAAUUUUGCUGCAAGUAGUCAAGGGCAACCAUUGGUUCAGAUAACCCGAACCUCACUGUGACAAACGAGUCCGGCUGUAAGCAGUGUUAAUUUAGCACCUGUUAACAGCAAAUAUGUGACAUGACAUAUGCAUGUUACAGUGACACAUUUUUCAUGUUUAAGUGGAGAGUCAUACAAGGCUGCCAACUUUGUCUAUGUGCAUUAACAUACCCAGUGUGCGGGGAUAUACAUAGGCCACAAUUAGUUUCUGCCGUAGCUUUUGCUCUUGUUGCUUUGUCAUGAUUGAGAUCACUUUGGCCUUGUGACCUUGUUGCUCACAAUAAUUGUGGUGCCCAGAGCACAUUGCAGAUGCAAUGGUGCAAUUCAUUACGUGUGUGCAGUGUGGAACCUGAGACUUCACAUGUGACAGUCGUUUUCUUGUAUUGUUUUUGCAUCUGUUUCUUGGGGUACCUGCUUCCAUUACUGCACUUUCAAUGUGGUUAUAGUACCCAAGCUGCCUAGGGUGACAUUCUCCUCUCCUGGCCUCAUUGAGCUGGGGUGUGACUAAAGGAUAUUGAUCUCCCUAUCCCAACUGUUAUUACUGUGUCAACAAGUUGUAGUAUUUUACAGUGUAAUCUGUCUAAUACAGUCACUUCUGUUAUAUGAUUCUCUCUGGGUUUUCUCAAAUUACUCACGGUAACAAUGUAAUUAUUUAGCCAGAAUGGGGGGGGGGGGGGGGCAGGAUGGUUACUGUGACACACGUACAUUUUAUACUUUAAGAUUGUUGAUCUCGUAAUACAUUACCAAGUGUAGAACACAGAUGUAAAUGUCUUGUACCUGUAGCACUUAUGCAGUGUUUUCAUUUUAUAUUUUCCUUUCAACCUCGUAUAGUAGUCUUGUUUUCUCAUAAAAAUGCCCAGGUUAUUCUUUGCAGGAUUCCUCACACCUUCGAAUUCUUCGCUCUAAAGCAUUAAGGUUGUGACUGCUGCUGAGCGUAUACUUGUACAUAGGUAGAUUUCUUUUUGUGGUUUAAUACCUCAUGUGCUGUGUAUAUAUUUUAUUCAUAUGCAUAUCAUGCCGCUGCUGCAGUGCCAAAAUGUUCUAGUGGUGAACAUUUAGCAUAGAUAACAAGAACCCACCCUUGCAGAAGAACGAACGCUCCAUGUAUUAUUUGACGUCCCGUAACAUUGCUAUGUUCCUUGGUCCACUGUGGUGCUAAUGAUUUGGUCUCUCGUUAGCCAAUGUAAUUAACGAGACACUACAAGAAAUGGAUAACUGCGUCUCUACGAGGUGAUACUCUUCUUAGUUCAGUAAACUUUAUCUUUUCCCCUUUC